AUGCCAAAUCGAAAAGGCCCAGGUCCAGCAGAUUACAUGAUGAAAACUUUAGUUGGCUUUAAUAAUCACGACUUUAACAGUAAGAAGCCUCGUGGACCACAAUAUUCUAUGAGUCCAAGAAAUCCGAUAGAAUUGGAGAAUAAAUCUCCGGGACCAGCAACUGUAGAUAUUAAAAAAUUAACCAGAGUAGGUACACCAUCAAAUCAAACCAUUAGUAUGCGUCAAAAAACUAAGGAUUUGAAAUUUGAUAUGAAUCCGGGUCCAACCCAUGAUGCAGUAGACACAGGGAUUUAUAAAUCAAGGCUUCAACCGAAAUAUAGCAUAUCAACACGAACAAAAUCUUUACAACUUGAUUCUGGCCCGGCUCCCAAUUAUGAACCGACAUCAGUGAAUGUUUUCAAAAAUCGUGCUCCUGCAUUUCCAAUGUUUUCGAGAACCAAAGGAAUUGGACUUGAUAACACACCACCACCUCGAGGAGCUGAAGUCAAAUCUAAAUUUGUGAACCAAGCACCUAAUUAUAGUCACCGUUGGAGAUAUAAAGAUAUAACCAGAGACCAAAACCCUGGACCUGCAGCAUAUAAUCUGUCAAAUUACAAUCCAUUUGCGACAGCAAAUCCGCAAACAAUUCAGAGAAAAUACGCUGAAAAUCCAGAAGUUCUUGUUCUCCCUGUUGAUAAAUGUCAUCAUCAUCACCAUCAUCAAACGACAUCAUCAAACAACUCAAGUCAACAAUAUCAUCAUCCAAGUACAGUCACAAGUCAGCAACAACAAACAAAGCCAGCAGUUAAUCCCAAUCCAAGUGUUCAUCGUUACAAUAGUCUUAAUGAGAAUCCUUGGCUGCUGCAAUCACAAAUCCCACAACAAGGACCAACACCACCUUUGAGACAACAUAAACGGCCAGCACCAACGCCACCUUCGUCAUCAUCUGGCACAUCGUCACAGUCACACUUAACGCAAAAGCCAAACAUUCAGUUGACCGUCAGCAGCAGCAGUCCUUACAAUCAACCGAUUCAUAGCUUCACAAGCAGCUCAGCACAAACACAAACCACCCCGGGCUUGGCACCAACUACUGUCAUCCAUCAACAACAUUCGCCGAAAUCACCAAAUCAAAAUUUUCUUCAACAACCUGUAAGUGGAAAUUUAAUGUCAACAUCAUUGAACAGUGGAAGUGCUUCAAACAUGGUCAAUAGUCAUCAUCACUUGCCAUCGCAAUCACAUCAACAACAACAGCAGCAGCAACCACUUACAACAUCACUACAUCAUUCAACAUCGAGUAGUCUAAGCAAUAAUAAUAAUAAUAAUAAUAACAAUAACAAUAAUAAUAAUAAUUUCGAUGACUUAAAUCUAAAUAAUGGAUCGUCUUCCAUCAGCGGUGCCAGUACAUCACAUCAAAAGAAACUUGAAAUGAAAUUGAAUGCAAUGCCAUGGUUUCACGGAAGCAUAACGCGCGACGAAGCUGAACAUCUUUUACAGCCACGCGAUGAAGGACUUUUUUUAGUUAGAGAAUCAACAAAUUAUCCUGGCGAUUAUACGCUUUGUGUGUGCUUUCAAGGAAAAGUUGAACAUUAUCGUGUGAAAUAUUUGGAUAAGAAGUUGACAAUUGAUGAUGAAGAAUAUUUUGAGAAUUUAAAUCAACUUGUAGCACAUUAUGAGCGUGAUGCUGAUGGUUUAUGUACGCAACUUAUGAAACCAUUAGAGAAAAGUCAUGGCGGUGGUUUUGUGAUGAAUUCAACUGAUUUUAUAGCUCAGGGUUGGAUUAUUCAAGAACAGGAUUUACAUGCACUUGAGCAUAAGAAUCUCGUAAAAUUUCUUGGGCUUGUGCUCAAUAAGCAGCAUAUUUAUCUUGUCACAGAAUACAUGAGUAAAGGCUCGUUAGUCGAUUAUCUUAGAUCACGUGGUCGUCAGCAUAUCACGAGAAAAGAUCAAAUCAACUUUGCGAGUGAUACAUGUGCUGGAAUGGAGUAUCUUGAAGCAAAGAAAGUUGUUCAUCGUGAUCUUGCAGCAAGCGAUUCUCAAACAAGAGUGACAUUUGGAGUUUUGCCUCUUGCUGAAGUCACAAAACAUGUUGAAAUGGGUUAUAAAAUGGAAGCACCUGAAGGUUGUCCCACCGAAAUCUACGACAUGAUGCGUCAAGCGUGGGAUCUUAAUCCAGUCAAACGACCAACGUUUCACGAAUUGUCAGUUCAACUACAACAUUUGAAGUCAAUAACGACGUAAAAGUGACAGAAUGUGUGUGUAGUAGUCUUAAGAGUAGAAAACGUUGCUAAAUAUUUAAAACAAGAAAAAAUUAAUUAAACUUCCUUUUUUAACUUUUUUGAUCUUUCAAGCGGGGAUUUGUUUUUUAUGAAAUGUUGAAGAGAAUCUUCGAAUUAUCUUAUGAUCACUUGCAUUUAUAAUUUUAUCUCCUGAUCUUACUAAUUUCUUUUGUAAAUCUUCCAGAUUCCUUAAUGAAACGAUUUCCGUCUCAUAAUUUAAUUUUCACAAAUAUUUUAAUUUAUUUUUAUUUUGAGUCGUGUUGGAGCGCUCGAUAAUUGAUAGUUGAGUUUUGAAAGACAUGAGUUGUUUGAAUUCCAUUAAGUUCAUGAAGAUAAAACUUUCACAUAAAUUUUAUUAAAAAAAAUAAAGGAAAAAAAUGAAAAUAUCAUUGAAGAUCAUUUAAGACAUGAGGAAAUUUUCAAUGUCAGAAAAGAAUUUUAAUUUAAUUAGAUUUAAAAGGAAACCUCAAGGAAAUUGAAGAGAAAUCAACCACUAUGUAGACCAAUAUUAAUCAAUGAUGAAAGUGAACUUUAAAUUAAGUAGAAAUACCUACAAAAGAACUUGAAUUUUGAUGAAAGCAAGAAAAGUUGAAGUGCUGUUAAGAAUAAAGCUGUUGCUUGUUUUAUUGUCAAAGUCAUCUGUUGCAUAAUUAAAGUUAAUGCAUGAAAUUUCCUCAAAAAUAUUCAGAUGAUAAUAAAUUGAUAUGAAAUCCUUUUAAAUAUCCAAGGAAUUAAAGAAAAGUUUAAUUAAAAAUUGAUUCGUAGGUAUAACUGUGCAAUUUUAGGAAACGGAAAAUGUUAUUUCUUUUUAUAACUUUGUGUAAAAAUAAUUUUUUAAAUCUAAAUUUCCAUGAAGUUUUUCAAAAAAAAGAAGUGAAAUAUAAUCGGAUAAGUUUUUUUUUAUUUUCUAAUUCCUGAUAAGUUUAUUUGUGUACAUAGUUAAACUAAUCUGGUUAUGUAUAAUUUAAGAUGGAAGAAAUUAAACAACUUUUAUUUGAAAAAGAAUUAAGGAAA